AUGUUGGGCUCACUGAACACCAGUGGUACCGGUGGUGCUUCUUCCAGGCAGCAGCAAGAUCAAGAAGAAGAAGAGCCCUCACCUGCAGAUCUGCAUAAUAUUAUUGCAGCUCCAGCAGCCACACACAUGCGCCAGAUGCUCAUCAGUUGCGCAGAGCUGGUCUCUCAGUCUGAUUUUGGUGCUGCUCACCGCCUCCGAACCUAUCUCACCGCCAACUCUUCACCGUUGGGAGACUCCACGGAGCGCUUGGUUCACCAAUUCUCCAAAGCCCUCUCUCUCCGCCUAAACCCCACCUUCGUAGCAGCAGCUCCUCCUCAAUAUCACAUAAAUGUUGUUACUAAUAAUAAUAGUAUUAGUAAUAAUUGUUAUUCUACAUGUACGGUAGUUGAGCAGGAGAGUUGCUAUCUGUCUCUGAACCAGAUAACCCCAUUCAUCAGGUUCAGCCAUCUAACGGCAAAUCAGGCCAUUCUGGAAGCCCUACAAGUUGGGCAGCAAGCCAUUCACAUCCUAGAUUUGGACAUAAUGCACGGCCUCCAAUGGCCUCCUUUUAUGCAAGCCUUAUCUGACCGUUCCCAGUGUUCCCAGCCGCCUCCCAUGCUCCGCAUCACUGGAGGAGGCCACGAUUUGACCACUCUCCACCGCACUGGCGAACGCCUCCUCAAGUUCGCACAAUCGCUGGGCCUCACAUUCCAAUUCCAACCGCUUGUCCUCCUCAACGUCAACGAUUUGGACUUGAUUCUCUCCUCCCUUUCCCUUCUCCCGGACGAAACCCUAGCUGUGAACUGCGUUCUUUAUCUGCACAGGCUCCUCCUCAAGGAUAGAGACAGCGGCUCCUCCAAAGUAGAAGACUUGAGGCUCUUCCUGCGCAAGAUCAAGGCCUUGAACCCCAGGGUGGUGACGGUGGCAGAGAGAGAGUUAGGCAACCAUAACGAGGCGGUGUUCUUGAGGAGGUUUGUGGAGUCGCUGGAUCAUUACUCGGCAAUAUUCGAGUCCCUGGAGGCCACUCUGCCGCCCAACAGCAGGGAAAGGAUGGCCGUGGAGCAGAUAUGGUUCGGGAGAGAGAUUGCGGAGAUGGUGGCAGGAGAGGGAGAGCGACACCAGAGGUUGGAGUGGUGGGAAACGAUGCUUAGGAGUUCAGGGUUCGUGAAUGUUCCUCUAAGCCCUUUUGCCUUGUCGCAGGCCAAGCUGCUGUUGAGGCUUCACUAUCCUUGUGAGGGUUACCAACUCCACACUCACAACAAUUCCUUCUUCCUUGCUUGGCAGAAUCGCCCCCUAUUCUCAGUCUCUUCGUGGCGCUAA